AUGGACAAAAGUUGGAUGAAAAAACCUCGACAUACAAAAGAGUAUGUUGAUGGUGUCAAUGAGUUUUUGAAGUUUGCAUGUGAGAAUUGUCCUACAGAUUCAUCGAUUUGUUGCCCAUGUAGAAAAUGUGGAUUGCGUAUGAUGUUCAUGCCCAACAUGGUAUUUGAUCAUUUGAUUAGCUAUGGAAUUUCUCAAGGUUACACCAUUUGGCAUGCUCAUGGGGAGAGAAAAGGGGAGGCAUCUUACCAUGCUAUUGGUGCCCAAAACAAUAAUGAGCAAAUAAAUGAAGGCUCCAGUGGGAUGACAACUAUGUUACAUGACGUUUUUCCAAUGUUUGAUCCUGAAAUAGUCGAAGGUACUGGGCCUGAAAUACGUGUGGAAGUUGGAGAAGCUGGAGUGCAAUAUGAAAAUCGACAAGAUUCAAAUGAGAGAGUUAAUAAAUUUUACAAUAUGUUAAAAGAUGUUGAUGAGCCAUUAUAUGAAGGGUGCACAAAACAUACUAAGUUUAGUGCUAUCGUACGUCUAUGGAAUAUGAAGUGUUUGGGUGGAUUGAGUAAUAACAUAUUUACAGAAUUGCUUGAAUUUGUGAAUGAGUUGCUCCCACCAGGAGCAUCAUUGCCUAAAAAUACAUACGAGGCGAAGAAGUACAUGAAUGAGUUAGGGCUUGGAUACGAGAAGAUCUUAGUAUGUCCCAAUGGUUGUAUGUUAUUUUGGAAGGACAAUGAGAAUCUGGAAACAUGCGUGGUAUGUGGAGCAUCAAAGUGGAAGCGAAAAGAGUCUAUGGAUGAAAGCUCUAAAAAAGGUAAAAGAAGUCCAGCAAAAAUAUUACGGUGGUUUCCGUUAAAACCAAGGUUGCAAAGGCUUUUUAUGUCAUCGAAGACUUCUUCACAAAUGAAAUGGCAUGCUAUAGGCCGCACAAAUGAUGGGGUACUAAGGCAUCCAGCAGAUGGUUUGGCUUGGAAGACGUUUGAUUCACAACAUGAUGAGUUUGCCUCUGACCCCCGCAAUGUUAGGCUUGGUUUAUCUGCAGAUGGCUUUAAUCCUUUUGGUAACAUGAGCAUUUCCUAUAGUACCUGGCCGGUUAUGUUGGUACCUUACAAUUUACCUCCUUGGAUGUGCAUGAAACGAUCAACUUUCAUGCUAUCUUUGCUUAUACCGGGACCAUCAUCACCUUCAAUGAAUAUAGAUGUAUAUUUAGAGCCUCUAAUAUCAGAAUUAAAGGAAUUAUGGGAGAUUGGAGCACCAACCUAUGAUGUUUGCUCUAGAGAGAUAUUUACAAUGCGUGCGGCUUUAAUGUGGACGAUAAAUGAUUUUCCUGCAUAUGGUGAUUUGUCUGGAUGGAGUACGAAAGGUCGUUUAGCAUGUCCUUGUUGUAUGGGUAAUACACGAUCUAGAUGGCUGAAACAUGGAAAAAAAUUUUCCUAUAUGGGGCAUAGACGAUUCUUGCCAAUAAAUCAUAAGUGGAGAAUGAUGGCAAGAACAUUUGAUGGUACACGAGAAAUUGAUCCUCCACCUACCAUGCCAACACCUGAUGAAAUUUUGGAACAAUUAGAUGAUGAAAGAUGCAAUGAUAGAACAAAUCGUAAAAGAAAUAGAGUUGUGGGGUCCACUACUGUUAAGGAACACUCAUGGAAGAAACGUAGUAUUUUCUUUAGUUUGCCUUACUGGAAGGAUAAUUUAUUGCGUCAUAAUCUUGAUGUGAUGCACAUUGAAAAAAAUGUGGUGGAUAAUAUUGUUGGCACACUAUUAAAUAUUGUUACGAAAUCAAAAGAUGGCAUACAGGCACGCCUUGACUUACAAGAGAUGGGUUUGAGACCACAACUUCAUCCGGUUAUAACAGCUGCAAACAAGACAUAUUUGCCUCCAGCUAUUUUCACAAUGAGUAACAAAGAGAAAGAAGACUUGUUGAAGGUUAUAAAAAAUGUAAAAGUACCAGAUGGUUAUUCUUCAAAUGUUUCACGUUGUGUCAAGCUUGAACAUCGUACUAUAGUGGGCAUGAAGAGUCAUGAUAGCCAUAUACUGAUGCAACAACUUCUGCCAAUUGCAUUACGUGGGUCAUUACCUAAGAAGGUAAUAGAACCAUUGAUCGAGCUAUCUGGAUUCUUCAGGGAAAUUUGCUCGAAAACAAUGCGGCUUGAAGAUUUGGACCGAUUGGAAUCUAGAAUACCCUACAUAUUGUGCCAAUUAGAAAUGAUAUUUCCACCAUCAUUUUUCACGGUUAUGGUGCACUUGGUUAUACAUUUAGUUGCAGAAUGUAAACUUGGAGGACCAGUUCAUUAUCGAUGGAUGUAUCCCGUUGAAAGGUACCUACACCGACUUAAGUUUCAUGUGCGUAACAAAGCUGCACCAGAAGGUUCCAUUGCUGAAGGAUAUUUGCUGGAGGAAUUAUUGACGUUUUGUUCUCGUUAUUUAGAAUCCGCUCAAACGGUUUUCAAUAGACCAUCUAGAAACCCGGAUGAUUCUAAAGGGAAAGUUCUUGACGUUCGCCUUGAUUUUACGGCGUGGACUCAAGCACAUCGCUAUAUUCUCUUCAACUCUGAUGAUUUCACUCCAUUCCGCAUGAUGCACUUGGAAAUAUUGAGGAAUACAAUUGAUGAGAGGCAUGUAUCGAAUGAAGAACUACAGAAGAGGCACCAAGACCAAUUUUGUAAUUGGUUUCAAGAUUAUGUAAUGAAAAUGGAUGACAAUGAAAGAAGUGAAUUGGGCCAUAAAGUCGUAAUGCAUUCUAAAGGUCCCUUGCAAGUUGCCAAAGAAUUCAAGCGAAUUGUCAUCAAUGGUACAAAAUAUCGCACUAGGAAUUACGAAAAUGGGAAGAAAACUCAGAAUUGUGGUGUUAGUGUGUGUACUGAAGAUGGCCUUGCCUGGUAUGGCCAAUUAACACGCAUAAUUGAGAUUAUGUAUUAUGAUGGAUCUCGAUAUGUGUUAUUCAAAUGUGAUUGGGCAGACGUUACUAUGGGUAAAGGUUUCAAGGAGGAUGAGUUUGGGUUUAGUCUUGUGAAUUUUUCUCAUCUAGUACACACUGGUAAUCGGAUAACUGAUGAUCCGUUUGUUUUAUCUUCCCAAGUAUCUCAAGUAUAUUAUGUGGCAGAUGAAAGAUGCCCAAAUUGGGUUGUUGUCGUUAAGACAAAACCAAGAGACGUGUAUGACACUGGUGAAGAGGAAGUGACUGAUGACGACGAUGAUGAAUAUUUAGUCAACGAAUAUUGUAACACUUCCAACGAUGAAGCUAUUGAACCUGCUAUUGACGAUGUUGUAUGGACGCGAAAUGACAUAGAUGGAUUGAUGAUCGAAACUCCUUAA